CAGGUGGAGUCCCUCUAUUUACUAGGUCUGAUUCAACAGGAAAUUAACCUUGGAUCCAUUUUAGUCAUCACUCUGAAAUUCUUCAACAACCAGGGAAUAUUAGCAUGACUGUUACCUGGGCAACAUGGCCAGUGUUUUCUUCACGUUGAUUUUACUCUAUACAACAGCCAUAUCCUCUUCAGGAGUCUCAGGAGUCCCUCAGCUGGAGCCCCUGAAUGUGACUGUGCUGCGGGGCUCAGAGGCUCGGUUUAACGUCAGCCUGUCUGAGGCCUGGUACUCCAUGUCCUGGAUGCUUAAAACUGUUUUGAUCCUCACCAUCAACAGUGACACCGGUGUGUCUGAGCACAACCCCCGUUUCUCCGUUAACAACUACUCCAGCGCUGACAUAAACUGCUGGGAGUUCAUCAUCCGAGACGUCUGGAGGAACGACUCUGGCGACGUCAGCUGUGCCGUCCAGGAAAAGCCGACCCAGACCGCUCAGCUCUCUGUCCAAGAGAGCGGCACAGUGAGGAUUGUGGGAGGUAACAUGACAGUGGCCCAGGGCCACCAGGCCAUCAUCCGGUGUGAGGCCUCUGGUUGGUUCCCUAAGCCCACAGUGAGCUGGGUGCUGGAUGGGGUUGUGGUGGACCAGAACAGCUACAACAGUAGCAGUGAGGCCCUGGACGGUCUGUAUAACUCCAUCAGCCUCCUCACUGUCCGUGGGGUCAACAGUGUCCAGGUGAAGUGCCUGGCCAGCGUAUCUGCCCUAACCACCGCACUAUCCAGCUCCAUCUACCUGGUGGUUGAGCCCCCUGACUGGACUGUGCUCAUAGCUGUUGUUUGUUCCAUCGGUGGCUUCGCUUUGCUGGUGCUGCUCAUCCUUGGAAUCGUCUUCUGCUGCAAACGCAGAAAAGAAGCAAAAUCCAGCUACCAGAAGGAAAUGGGGAGAACGAGGUCCCAGAUCCAGAGGAGUGGUGGUGCAGUGGAACAGAGACAGGGCAAGGAUAACCCUGCAUACGUGAUAGACGGCCAAACAAGUGUUACCCACAGUGAAUUCAACGACAGUGGUUACAUCCAGACUAACUAUACAAAAUAUUUAGAGAUUCCUGAUCUUGUCAAAAGAAACCAGGCAGCAAAUGGCCAUGCCAGUGCAUACAACACCCUGGGUGGAACUGGUGUCAGGAAACACAGACAUGUUACUAUUGUGUGAAGGAAUUGUACAAUCUUACUCACAUACAGCAGAAUCAAGCUCUAAAAUAUGUCAAAUGCUCUCUAAAUGUUUUAAUGUUGCCCUUCUCUGCUCUGCAUGUUGUCAUUUUGGAAACUUCCCCAACUUUUGAAACAAAGUGGUGCCUCUAUUUUGGAACUAAGCCUCGAAGGGUUUGCUUGUAGGGGAACCUACCAGGCCAAAUAAUGUCAAAACACAUCUAUAUCAACUAAGGGCAGGGGCAUAUGAUGCCAACCAAACAAAUUCUCCUUGAGUUUUAGGAGCAUGUCAGAGGGGUAAAGGACAUCAUCUGCUUUCUACAUUUCUGUCUGGGGAGUUGUGUAAACUUUUUUAAAAAAAAGUUGAAUUUUUCCAUUUAACCAGGUUGACCAAUUGAGGUCGAAAUAUCUCUUUCACAAGGGAGACCUGAAGGGGGCCAAUGUUCAUUAAAGUACAUGGAAGAUCAAUUAUUGGCACACUGGGAAAACUAUACAUUUCUACAUGGUUUUAUAUAAUGGCAAACUGGGUGUAAAUUAGUCCACAAGCACGCAGCCAAAAUCUUUUUGACAGUAAGGUUCGACCAUGCAAGGUAAAUGUGAUGGAAACUUUGACUAACUGAUUGAUGCACGAAGGCCUGCCUCUCAACACUCCGUCAUGAGCACAGGGCUUCAUAACUCUGUUAGGUUAAGAGCUUGUCCGCCCACAGCCCCAGCACCGCCAAAUUUAUAUCUAGUGUACCAGCUAGCGCUGUGGUGGGCCUCAUAAAAUCAGCAUGAUUGAACCAGAGGUUUAUGACAGUAGAGAGAAUCCUCCUCCUUCCCUUCAGCCCAUAAGAAGGCACCUGAGUCCAUUGGAACUCUCACUGCUUCAGCCAUUCAGGUUUAGGGCUAUAUCAAUGUUAAAAUGUAUUCUCUUUUUGUUAAUGGCAUGUAUGCAAUGUGAUUCAGUAGACAUAUUGAGAAGUGUCAUUACCUGAGGCUAGGGUUGCAAAAUUCUGGUAACUUUCCCGAAAUUCCCAGGUUUUCCAGAAAUCCAGGUAGGAGUAUUGCAGGAUUUCCUGCUCAUUCCCUCCAAGAAUCAUCCAACCCGUAGUUCUGGAAAACCAGGGAAUUUUGAGAAAUUACCGAAAAUGUUUCAACCCUACCCGAAACAAAGUUUUGUCAUACUCCGAAAACAUGAUGGUGCAGCACUUUCCUAUAAGAGUCUUCCAUCAUUAUCAUAGUGUAAUAACUAUAUAAUAAUGGGCCUUUUUGUUCAAACAGAACUUAAUCGUUUUAAAUCAAUUCUGUAUUUAUAAUAAAAAUGACAACAAUUGUUUACUGUAAUAUGCAACAUCUUGUAAUUGUGAGGUAUGGAUUUACCAGAUGAAGUAUGUCAAAUUGUUUUGACAGGGUCAAGUCCGGUGAUGUAUGAUGUAAUCAAAUAAGCACUUUCUAAUUUUCCUACGAAGGACAUUACCAUGACUAAUAGGACGUUUCAGAGUGCAACAUAAGCAUGGGAAAUACUAAUGACCAUUUCAGAGUUAUAGUUUCCAAAAGCCAUGGGGCGUAAAACACAUUCACCCAUAUUUUUCACUCUACCAAUGAAGAGAGUCAAUCGGUCAGCCUGC